CGCCGCCGCCGCCGCCUCCGCCUCCGCCUCCGCCGCCGCCGCCGCCGCCGCCGCCGCCUCCCGCGGCCUGGGCCUCCCCGCCAGCAUGCCGCACGCCUUCAAGCCCGGGGACUUGGUGUUCGCCAAGAUGAAGGGCUACCCGCACUGGCCGGCUCGGAUUGAUGAUAUCGCGGAUGGGGCCGUGAAGCCCCCGCCCAACAAGUACCCCAUCUUCUUCUUCGGUACCCACGAGACAGCCUUCCUCGGGCCCAAGGACCUGUUCCUGUACGAGAAAUGCAAAGACAAGUACGGGAAGCCCAACAAGCGGAAGGGCUUCAAUGAGGGGCUCUGGGAGAUUCAGAACAACCCGCACGCCAGCUACAGCGCCCCGCUGCCGGCAAGCUCCUCUGACAGCGAGGCCCCUGACGCUGAGCAGCCGGCCGGGAGCGAGGACGAGGCCCGGGGGGUCAUGGCCGUCACCGCCGUCACCACUGCCAGUGACAGGAUGGGCAGUGACUCAGACUCGGACAAGAGCAGUGAGGACAACAGCGGCCUCAAGAGAAAGGCAGCGGCCCUGAAGAUGGCAGCCUCCAAGCGUGCUCGCAAGGCCCUUAGUGAUGUGGAGCCGGCCAGUGGGUCUCCCUCAGAGGAGGAGAACUCUGACAGCUCGUCUGCGUCGGGAAAGACCAGUGACCAGGAUUUCACUCCAGAGAAGAAAACUGUGGCCCGGGCCCCAAGGAGGGGCCCUCCCGCUGGACGGAAGAAAAAGAAGCCUCCUUCUGCCUCCGACUCCGACUCCAAAGCAGAAUCCGACGGGGCCAAGGCCGAGCCCCCGGCGGCCCCCCCAGCCCGCUCCGCAUCCUCCACGUCUUCCUCGUCCUCGUCUUCCUCCUCCUCUUCCGACUCAGACGUGUCCGUGAAGAAGCCAGCACGGGGCCGCAAGCCCGCAGCCGAGAAGCCGCCCCCCAAGCCCCGUGGCCGGAAGCCCAAGCUGGAGCGGCCGCCGAGUUCCACCAGCAGCGACAGGUGGGUCGACAGUGACGAGGUGGACCGCAUCAGUGAGUGGAAGCGGAGGGACGAGGAGCGGCGGCGGGAGCUGGAGGCCCGGCGGCGGCGGGAGCAGGAGGAGGAGCUGCGGCGGCUGCGGGAGCAGGAGAGGCGGGAGAAGGAGCGGAGGCGAGAGCGGGCCGAGCGCGGGGAUGGCGAUGGCGACGCCGGCAGCCCCCCCAGCAGCGCCGACGAGCUCCGGGACCGGGACCCCACCACCCCUGCCAAGAAGCCGCGUGGCCGCAAGGGCCGGCCCCCCCGGGGCCCCCAGUCCUCAUCUGACUCGGAGCCCGAGGCCGAGCUGGAGAGAGAGGCCAAGAAGUCAGUGAAGAAGAUGCCAGCACCGAGCUCGGAGCCUGCCCGGCGGCCGAGCCAGAAGGACAAGAGGGGCCGCUCUGAGGAGAAGCCCCGAGGCAGGCCCACCAAGCCAGAGCGCACCCGGAAACGGUCGGAGGGCUCCGUGCAGGAGCAGAAGGUGGCUGAGAAGAAGAAAGAAGCUUCCGUGGAGGAGAAAUUACAGAAGUUGCACAGCGAGGUCAAAUUUGCUCUCAAAGUCGACAGUCCGGACGUGAAGCGGUGUCUGACAGCCCUCGAGGAACUGGGGACCCUCCAAGUGACAUCACAGAUUCUGCAGAAGAACACGGACGUGGUGGCCACCUUGAAGAAGAUCCGCCGCUACAAGGCCAACAAGGAGGUGAUGGAGAAGGCGGCCGAGGUCUACACCCGCCUCAAGUCACGGGUCCUGGGGCCCCGGAUGCAGACGGCACAGACAGCUGCCCGCGGACCCGAGAGGGACAAGGCGGAGGCGGGCAGGGCCAGCGAGGGGGCCCCUGGAGGCGAAGAAGCCCCCCCGGACAAGGCGGGGGAGCCGCCCAGCACAGACCUGCCGGCCCCCGUGAAUGGCGAGGCCACCUUGAAGGGGGGUGACGCUGAGGACCAGGAGGCAGCGGAGGAGGCCCCAGCGUCAGAGGGGGCCCCCCACGGGGAGGCCUCAGAAGACCCCACACACAACAACGACCGGGAGGACCCUGACCUGGACGGGCCGGGCAGCGAGCAGCCGGAGCAGGAGAGGGACCCCACGGAGUCGGACUCCCCAGAGGACAGCUGAGCCCGCCCCUGCCCCUGCCCGCCGUCCGCCCCGUUUGUAUUCGUCUCCCUGGGUUUUUUUCGGCCUAACUUCUGACCGCCAUGAAAUGACUAUAAAAGGUUUUUCUAAUGAAGAAAACAGAAAGUCACGUUUAUUGACUCGGGGUGUGUGUGUGGGGGGGUGUCGGGCCCGGGUGAGGCCGAGACUGAAGCCGAGGAAGAGACGCCCCUGUCCAUGGACAGUGACAGCUGGGGGCCCCCCAACCGCAGGAGAUCGUGGCCAAGUGACCGGAGCCUGCUACACACAGGACUGGGGUGCUGGUGCUUCCUGGUUUGGGGGUGCAGAUGCCCCUGCCUUCACAUCUAGGGGUUGUGGUGUGGCCGCAGGCAGGCUUCCAAAGAUCUGCAUUUCUCACA